AUGGAGAAUGGACAUUCAAUACCUGUAUUUUUGACAAAGCUUUAUACAAUCGUAUAAGGGAAUUAAGAACAAGAGAUACUAAGAUUUGAUGAAAGUGGUCGAAUUCUAGUAUUAGCAGAUUAGGAGAGAUUGCAAUAGUACUUGCUUCCAGAAUAUUUUGGGCAUAAGAAUUUACCUAGUUUUCUUAGGUAUUAUACCUUAAAUAUGGAUAGAUAAUUGAACAUGUAUGGAUUCAAGAAGAGACACAACAAUGGUGUGUUGGAAUUUAAACAUAAAUACUUUAGAAGAGAUGGGAAGUAAGGCUUGCAAGUUAAUUAGGAUAAUUUUUGA